AUGGUUGAACUGUCAGUUGGACAGGUGUCCGGUAUUAUUGCCGCGGCCGUUGUUUUUAGCCAGUUUGUAUGCCCGAUUGUUCUAACAUAUCUUCUGGCGGGCUUAUUACGCGACACUGAGACGGCAACCACCUGGUCUUUGGCUAACCAGGCGAUCCAAUCUUCACUAUGGCCGUCACUUCUGCGCUCGGAUACUUCGAAUCCCUCCCACCGCGUCCGCCGAUUGAUACAAGUUCUGGCUUCCUGUCUCCCCGCAGCGGCACUCCUGGCCGCCAUUACUGGCAUUGUCACUCCUCUUGGUUUGGAUGACGAGCUCGUCUCCGUAGCUGGACGAACUGGCACAUUCGAAUACGUGAGAGACGCAAGUCCUUACUCAGCUGGAACCUCUCCUCGUGGCAUAGCCGACUUCAACCGACAAUGCUCUGGAGGAGGUCCGCCUGCUGACGGCCCCGUUGCCUGCCCCUAUACAGGUGACGUUGUGGAACAGACUGUACGUAAUACCAGUUCGGUUCGCUGGGAGUUCCCAUAUGGACUCACCUCCGGUAUUCCUGAUAUACUCCGAGAGAUUUUCUCAAGCGGUACAGCUGGACAGGCUACGACAGUCUCGAACUUUUUUGAUAUCGAAUGGCGGCAGUUGUCCACCGCCAAGUCCGAGUAUUAUGACAAUGGUACCGAACAUGCUGUUGGGCUGUACCGUCAGCUCGACUCUUUCAUACUUCAGGACGAGUACAAAGUUCUGGAGGGCCUGGUUGUUGACGCUAAAGUGGGCGGUAUUGGUUUCAGAAACCACACACUACCGACUGGCUUAGCUCGUGGGGGAGCCUGGAAAGAAGAUUUGCUUUUUGUUGAACCCGAAGUUAGCUGUGUCAACACGAAUAUCACCUUGGACUUCGAGAUUUCGACAGACUUUUCAGAUUAUGAACAGAUCCAGAACCUCGUUAUCACCGAUAGAGGGGGCUUUGCCGGCAUCAACACCGCAUACACUGCUUUCGACCUCGCCGGUGCACAGUCCGAUGCGAAGCUUCAAGCACGCGCAUACGAGGCCGCGUUUCUCAACAAUGCUUAUACGAUGAUGCUCUACAACAUCACGAACCCGAGCGAUAAUCGUACCGGUAGAGCUGCUUUCUCAUACCUUGAUUCUGAAAUUGGUAAAACGUUUCCUCUGAACGUUACCAACCGUGCGGAUUACAUCGCGUUAAGUUUGUCGUAUCGUUUUGGCCGUUAUUUGGACCCAAUCCGUGGACUAGAGCGUUAUCCAAACCCCUAUAAUAUCACGAAUGGCGCUCUAGGCGAUAUCAACUCUGUCUGUGCGGGGCCUGGUGAUAGUGCCCUAGCCAACAUCUCGAAUGUCUACGUCGGGUGCGGUCUCCUUCAAGGUGCUCCGGUCCGAGUUGAUGGGGGCCCGCCAUCAUUAUUUGACAAUGGGAGUAAAUGGUCCUCCUCCCUUCACGCCUGCGCAGCGACAGUUCGAGCCACCAUUAAAACAGUCAGUUUUGCUUUUAAUGCAUCUAGCAAUGUGCAGGGCCUUGGGGGUUUGACGGUCGCAACGAUUGAGCCAAAAGUGUACGCCAGCGAAGACGAUUAUCCUCUGUGGGGCUUCGAGGAGUCGGGUUUGGAGUUUAACGGUGUUAAUCCUAUCUGGGGUCUGAUAUCGCCGGAGUACGAAGCUCGCGAAAACGUGUCCUCCGUUCGGCAACCUUCUUUCUACAUUCCCGGUGUUUCAGUUGGUGCAGCCGCUCUAGGUUUACCUCUUAGCCUCAACUUCGCCAACAACCUACCGGGCAGCGACUUUGCGUCUAGGGUCAUGAAUCAAGUAUUUAAGCUUGACAAGGACUGGCCGUACGAUCUUCGAGGCUCGGCUAGUAUGUCCAUCUUCGCCCGAUGGCAGGCGCUUUCUUCCAAUGCUACGGAAGCCUCCAAAGUUAUCAGGCUGCUAUGGACAGAUCUCGCGGCUUCGGCUGUCGUCGGGACAAAGGGCGCGCUAGGCCGUCUAAACAGCGGUCAAAAAGACGAAGUUGUCCCGGUAUACAUCAGCCCCUUUGAGCAUCGCAUCACCUACAACCUCUUCUACGGAAUCCCGGCAUUUAUACUCCUGCUCUUCAUGGCCGUUGUGGGAUUUAUCACUGUUGUUUUAAGUUGGUCCGGGAAAACCAGCGUCGCGCGCCUCCGCUACCGCAUCCAGCAGCUAUCGCCUGGCAGGAUCUACACCACAUACCUGUUCCCUCAGGAAAGUUCGCUCACUAUGGCAAGUAUGGAGUGGAGGGAGAGAAAUGGGUCCCGCGUAGUCAAGCUUGGCAGCACCGGCACGACGGACGUUCCGUUGGGACCGGAAAGCCAUCCAUUUUUAACCGGCGACGCAUCCUGCUCAAAGGGUAACGACAUCGACAGCUCCAAGCCCAGUUCACCUCAUUAA